AUGAAGUCAACUACAGCAUCUGAUGCUUUGCCUUUUCUGUUAGAGUUGCUUUGUCAUGGUUGGGCACAAGCAUAUUAUUUAAUGAAUGCUGGAUUUAUUGCUAGUCACCUCCAAGACAAUCCUCUUAAUCCAAUUAUUGCAGUUGUUUAUUUUCUUAUUCAACCAAAGCCAUCAUUGCUUGAUAUGGAUAAGCAAGGUGAUGAAACCAUCAUCAUGUUAUAUGAACUUGGAAAGAAAAUAUUUGAGAUUGCAAAGACUAAAUUUGGUAGCAUGGAGCUGUUUUUACAACCAGAAGUAGCCCUUGCUUGCUUUCCUGUCAGCGUGGUUUUUGGAUGGUUCUACUACCAUGUUACAAUUCUUCCUCCUACGUUUGCAGGUACAUACCACUUUUCUACAGGACCUACAGAUCUUUGUUGUCUUGCAGACGACAUAGGUAACACUACUGGGUUACUUUUCUCUGGACUUAUCUCGGAUCGACUUUAUGCUAGAGCCAUAAAGAAAAAUGGAGGUGUUGCAGUCAAAGAAUUUUGCUUGCGACCUAUUUAUAUCGGUAUUCCUUUCUUUGUAGCAGGUUCUAUCAUGUAUGGCUGGUUUCUACAUGCCCAUGUUCAUUGGAUGGGUUCCUUUGUUCGUUAUACAAUGACAUUUAUUUUGGUUGAUUCAAAUCAUACAAAGGCUGCAUCAGUGUUGUCCGUCAGCAAUGCUACUAAAAAUAUUUGUGGUAUGAUAUUUGCUUUGACCGCGGUAUUCAUCAGGAAUUCGCUUGGUGUCAAUUGGUCUUAUACAUUGGCGGGGAUUAUGCUGUUUAUAUUUGAUUUUACAAAAAUUUGGUCACAAUGGAGAGAGAGAGAAAAAAAAAAA